AUGAGUGCUUCCACGAUCAGUAUUCAGCCCUCCCAUCCCACGGUUCUGGACGAUGAGCUUGCUGCAUUGGCCCUGCAGCUUGAAGAGAUCGAAAUCUUCUCACAAUCCAGCAAAGGAAAGCAUCCUGUCAAUCAGCCUCCUGAUGUUGAGGUCGCUUUCGCGAGCUUUCAAGCCGAGCUUGCCGAACACAAAACGUUCCUGGCCGACAGGAAGCUGGCUGAGAGUAUCGGUGCUGCCGUACACAGCGAUGGUCUUCUGAUAGGAGAACUCACGUCACAGGAAGUUCAAUUUUACGAGGAUCGACGCCAUGUACUCCGGAUCAGCAACGAAGAUCCUGAGAUUGAAGCGCCUCCUUCCGCUGUUCGACAGGCACUAUCCCACGAUGUUCACGACUGGAUGUCCACGCUAUCCGCCACUGUCGCUCAGACCACCGUGUUAGACUUCUCAGAUAAUGAGGAUAAUGCGGGACCAUCAAUGAGCUUCGCUGAGCGCCAGGCUGAGACGAUAAAGAAACUGUCCAUGGAGUUUCAGUGUGCCUUCUGCCUUGAUCGAUUUCCACGCGCCCUCAUGGUAUCCUUGAAGUGCAGUCAUCGCUACUGUGGCGACUGUGCUAAAGGCCUGUUCAUACGCGCAACCAGGGACGAGGAUCUGUAUCCACCGCGAUGCUGCAAACAGUGUGUCCCACUCCAGCUUGUAGCUAAGCACAUGCAAGCUGAUGAGCUUGCCACAUUCGAGCUGGCGAGUAUCGAGUACACCAUGCGCAACAGGACUUAUUGCAGCAAUCUAGAGUGCAAUACUUUUAUUCAUCCAGACAACAUCGAGCCUCACACUGGUCGUGCGACCUGCUCAAAGUGCGCCACAGCCACUUGCUCGGGGUGCAACAACGCAUACCACCCCGAAAACGCUUGUCCAGAAGAUGAAGGACUUCGCGAGACCCAGGCGCUCGCUCAAAGCAUGGGGUGGAGGUCCUGUAACAAUUGCGAUAGGGUCAUCCAACUGCGCACCGGUUGCAACCAUAUCACUUGUAAAUGUAGCGCCGAGUUCUGCUAUGUAUGUGGGAUCGAAUGGAAGAAUUGCAGGUGCGACGUGGCGGACCUCCAUCGUAUUGAAGAACGCGCGGAAGAAGUUGUCAAUCGAGACGCGCCACCUGACCUGCCACAGGCGGUUUGGCAGCAGCGCGUUGAUGACGUCUUCAAUGAGCUCCGGGACCGCCAUGAAUGCGAACACUCGAGACGUUUCGAAAGGAAGACCCACGGCCAACCCAAGAAGGGCUUUCGCUGUGAGCUCUGCUCCAACCGUCACUGGAAGUACAUCCUCCAAUGCCACCUCUGCUACCUCAACGUAUGUGAAGACUGCCGUCGCAACCGUAUCUGA